GCAGGUUCCUGUGCGCGCGCGGGCUCCUCCUCCAGAGAUGUCGCAGGAGCAUCUCCUGUCAGCGCGGCCUUUCUUUGCUCCUUUUCUUUUCUUUGACACUUUACCGCAUUGGGCCCCGUCAUUUUAAGCAUCAGCAUCAGCAGCCUCAUCGUCAUCACAGGCGCCGCAGAACUCGGCCGACCCACGGUCAGGUGACAGCGCGGAGUGGAAUAUUCAUCAGCACCGUCCUCGUCUUUCAUCCCCCUUUCCUCCAUCGGACUGUAGGCUGCUGCAGCAGCCCGCGCACGGUCCUUCACCAGCACCUCCUCCUCCUCCACAGCCGCCACGACCCCUUCUCUCCUCCCGCCCUCCUGUGCAUCCUCUCUCAUCCGGGCCGGGACAUUCUCCGCUCCACGCACACGCAAGAUUAACUGGGGAUUGUGGCUCCGCGCCCGACCGCCCACUGAUGCUGAUGUCCUUGAGCUCGGCCUGCACGGUCACCGUGGAGUAGUAGCACCAGCUACCUUGGAUCUGCAUCCACUCCCUGUGUCUAUCAGCUGACAUCCCCCUCUCCAUCUGUCAAUCAUCGUUUUAGUCCCGCCCACUUGCGCAUCAGCCUGCCAUCCAUGGACUGGCUGUGAACCUGGAGGGAGGGGGGACAGGCGAGACGAAGGCGAACAAAGCUGGAUUGGUUCAGAUAUCACGCUUCUGAAGUGCUGCUGCUCACUGUUUUUCAUCCCCCUCACCCUCCUCCUCCUCCUCCAGUGAUGGAGAAGUGAAGGAGCAGAGGAAGGCUAGACUGAGACAAGGAGAAAAACACAACCAGCGCCACUUUUGUUCAACAAAAGGCUGUUGAAGUGUAUGAGAAUAAUUAUACGGUUUUUGAAUAAGAUAUCAAAGAAGGGGUGAGACAGUGCUGUUGAGCACAUGAACAAGCUGUCAGGGAGCACACGAGCGGGUCACUGAGUUGAGGACAGACAAGGAAGGAGGUGGGGAAGGAGGAACACAACAUACGUCAACCUUGUGUCAUGUCAACAACAGCGACAAUGGGCGAAAUGGCAAACAGCGCAGUGGAGUUUUACCCCAAAGGAAAUCGGGGAGGAGGAAGGGAAGAUGGCAGCCACGGAGCUGGAGACUUUGGGGUUACGGUGAAGGAACUGAGGGAGCUGAUGGAGCUCAGGGGGGCUGAUGCCCUGCAAAAAAUCCAGGACAGCUAUGGAGACACAGAGGGGCUCUGCCAGAGACUACAGUCCAGCACAACUGACGGUCUCAGCGGGGACCCAGCAGACUUGGAGCGUCGCGGUCAGACCUACGGCCAAAACUUUAUUCCCCCAAAGAAGCCCAAGACCUUUCUUGAGCUUGUGUGGGAGGCCCUGCAAGAUGUCACGCUUAUCAUUUUGGAGAUUGCUGCCAUCAUCUCCCUCGCCCUCUCUUUCUACCAGCCUCCUGGAGACGAAACCGAGUCAUGUGGCAACGUGUCAGCGGGAACAGAGGAUGAAGGCGAGGGAGAGGCCAAUUGGAUCGAGGGUGCUGCCAUUCUGCUGUCAGUUGCCUGUGUUGUCCUGGUGACGGCAUUCAAUGACUGGUCCAAAGAGAAGCAGUUCCGGGGUCUACAGAGUCGAAUCGAGCAAGAACAAAAGUUCACCGUGGUACGGAAAGGAAAUGUCAUCCAGAUUCCUGUGGCUGACAUGGUGGUGGGGGACAUGGCCCAGGUCAAAUACGGGGACCUGCUACCAGCUGAUGGUAUCUUAGUCCAGGCUAACGAUCUGAAGAUAGACGAGAGCUCUCUAACAGGAGAGUCUGACCACGUACGCAAAUCUGUGGACAAGGACCCCAUGCUGCUUUCAGGUACCCACGUGAUGGAGGGUUCAGGCCGCAUGUUGGUGACGGCUGUCGGCGUCAACUCGCAAACGGGCAUCAUCUUUACUCUGCUUGGGGCUGGAGAUGUGGAGGAAGAUGGUAAAGAAAAGAAAGAGGACAGUACUCAGUUGCUCAUCACCACAGAUGCAAGUUACAGCACAGUCACCAAUGGAAAACAACCCGAUGGCGCUGUGGAGAACAACCAGAACAAAGCCAAGAAGCAGGAUGGGGGUGUCGCCAUGGAGAUGCAGCCCUUAAAGAGCGCAGAGGGAGGAGAAGUGGAGGACAGAGAGAAGAAGAAGACCAACGUACCGAAGAAGGAGAAGAGUGUCUUGCAGGGCAAGCUCACCAAACUGGCCGUUCAAAUUGGGAAAGCAGGUUUAGUGAUGUCCGCCAUCACUGUCAUCAUCUUGGUGCUCUACUUUGUCAUCGACACCUUUGUCGUCGAAGGUCAUGCGUGGGUGACAGAAUGCACUCCGGUCUACAUUCAAUACUUUGUCAAGUUCUUCAUCAUUGGAGUCACUGUGUUGGUGGUAGCUGUACCAGAGGGUUUACCUCUCGCUGUCACCAUCUCUCUGGCUUACUCCGUCAAGAAAAUGAUGAAGGACAACAACCUCGUGCGCCACCUGGAUGCAUGUGAGACCAUGGGCAACGCUACAGCCAUCUGCUCUGACAAGACCGGCACCCUCACCACCAACCGAAUGACUGUAGUACAGGCUUAUGUAGGUGAUGUGCACCACCGUGUGAUCCCAGACCCUGGUCAGAUCAACCCCCGGACACUGGAUCUAUUAGUCAACGCUAUCGCCAUCAACAGUGCCUACACCUCCAAGAUCUUACCACCAGAUGUGGAGGGAGGUCUGGCUAAGCAGGUGGGGAACAAGACCGAGUGCGGCCUCCUUGGAUUCGUAUUAGACCUACAACAAGACUACACCCCGGUCAGAGAGCAGAUCCCUGAGGAAAGACUCUACAAGGUGUAUACCUUCAACUCAGUGCGUAAAUCCAUGAGCACGGUGAUCAAGUUGCCGGAUGGUUCGUUCCGUCUCUACAGCAAGGGAGCCUCGGAGAUCAUGCUGAAAAAGUGUUCUUACAUACUCGAUGCCAAUGGAGAAUCUCGGAGUUUCCGCCCACGUGACAGAGAUGAGAUGGUCAAACAGGUGAUUGAGCCGAUGGCUUGUGAGGGACUGAGGACCAUCUGCAUCGCCUAUCGUGACCUGCCUUCCAAUCCAGAGCCAGACUGGGAUAACGAGGCAGAAAUAGUGACAGAGUUGACCUGCAUCACUGUGGUCGGGAUUGAAGAUCCAGUACGACCUGAGGUACCUGAUGCCAUCCGAAAGUGUCAGCGGGCGGGAAUAACCGUGCGGAUGGUGACCGGUGAUAACAUUAACACAGCCAGGGCCAUCGCUGCCAAAUGUGGAAUCAUCCACCCUGGGGAUGACUUUAUCUGUCUCGAGGGCAAAGACUUCAACCGAAGAAUCAGGAACGAGAAAGGAGAGAUUGAACAAGAACGGAUUGAUAAAAUUUGGCCCAAACUGCGUGUGUUGGCUCGGUCUUCACCGACAGACAAACAUACUCUUGUUAAAGGUAUCAUUGACAGUAGCAUUAUAGAACAGAGGCAAGUGGUCGCAGUCACCGGCGAUGGAACCAAUGACGGACCAGCUUUGAAGAAGGCUGAUGUUGGCUUCGCCAUGGGCAUCGCGGGGACAGACGUGGCUAAAGAGGCAUCUGACAUCAUCCUGACUGAUGACAACUUCAGCAGCAUUGUCAAGGCGGUGAUGUGGGGGCGAAACGUCUACGAUAGCAUCUCCAAGUUCCUGCAGUUCCAGCUCACGGUGAACGUGGUGGCCGUCAUCGUGGCUUUCACCGGGGCCUGCAUCACUCAGGACUCACCUCUGAAGGCAGUGCAAAUGCUGUGGGUGAACCUCAUCAUGGACACGUUUGCUUCUCUGGCUCUGGCCACCGAGCCCCCAACUGAGGCACUGUUGCUAAGGAAACCUUACGGUCGUAACAACCCGCUCAUUUCGCUCACCAUGAUGAAAAACAUCCUGGGCCACGGCGUGUACCAACUCGUCAUCAUCUUCACGCUGCUCUUCAUAGGCGAGCGCAUGUUCAACAUCGACAGCGGCCGCAACGCUCCGCUCCACUCUCCGCCGUCCGAGCACUACACCAUCAUCUUCAACACAUUUGUCCUCAUGCAGCUGUUCAAUGAGAUCAACGCACGCAAGAUCCACGGGGAGAGGAACGUCUUUGAUGGCAUAUUUUCCAACCCCAUCUUUUGCUCCAUCGUUCUGGGGACCUUUGCAGUGCAGAUAGUGAUUGUGCAGUGGGGAGGGAAGCCGUUCAGCUGUGCACCGCUCAACAUGGAGCAGUGGCUUUGGUGUCUGUUUGUGGGAGUCGGAGAGCUGCUCUGGGGUCAGGUAAUUGCCACCGUGCCGGCGGAGCGGCUGCCGUGCCUGAAGGAGGCGGGGCUUGGUCUGGAGCCAGGGGAAGAGGAAGGGGAGGAGCUUGCAGAGGAUGAAGAGGAGAUUGACUGCGCUGAGAGGGAGUUGCGUCGCGGACAGAUCCUCUGGUUCAGAGGCCUCAACCGCAUCCAGACUCAGAUGGAGGUAGUGAGCACAUUCAAGCGAAGCGGCUCGUUUCAAGGAGCAGUGAGAAGGCGCUCCUCCGUGCUCAGUCAGCUCCACGACAUGCGAGUGGUGAAAGCAUUCCGUAGUUCGCUGUACGAGGGCCGGGAGAAACCAGAAUCCCGCAACUCCAUCCACAACUUCAUGGCCCACCCGGAGUUCCUCAUCAAUGACCUCAUCCACAACAUCCCGCUGAUUGAUGACACCGAUGUGGAUGACGAAUCCGAGCUCAGCAGAUACCAGCACGUGCACCCAGCCCUUCGCAAGCCUCCACCCCCUCCCACUCAGCCCCAGGCCACAUCCCGCACCCGUCCCACCCGCCCGUACCGCCAGUAUAGCCUCCCGGUCACCCAGUGCAACCGAAAUAACAACAACAGCAGCAGCAGCACUUCAUCACUCGCCCCUGACGACAUCGAAAGCAUCAUCGCUGUUACCCCCGACAACCACCAUCUCCAUCAUCACCAUCAUCAACACUGCAACCAUUACACCAGGGACCGGCUGGGGAAACCCCCAACCCCUCACCUAGCCCACCUCUACUGUGUGGAGACCACCUUAUGACUGAGUAGGUGGGGGGGAGGAAAAAACGGGAGCGGAGAGAGCUUGAGGACGCACAUGUGACAUUUUCAUCCAGUCUCUCUUGUCAUCGAGGGGGGGGGGGGCAUGCAGAAGAUAGGACAAUGGCCCCAGAUUGCUACUUCUAGCUCCACUCACUUCAAGCCCUCAAACUACGACCCGCCCCCCCUUGACCCCACUCUGCUUCUCCAAUCCCCCCAACCCCAUUUGGCUUACCAUGUCAUCUUUCAAGCUUUAACUUGCCAUUUCUCAACAUAACGGUGCUCAUUGUUUCUCACACUGCUUCGGUUCUCCUCCCGCAUGUUGUUUUUUUUUUUUUUUUUACUUCCUGUUAUCUCCUCACCCCACCCCUCUCGCAAUGUGCGUGUGUGUGUGUGUAGUGUCUUGUCUCUUCUUGGGGGGGAGAAAAAAAAAACAAAAUUGUAACAAAAAUUCCAACAAAUACUAUUCAUUGAAGCCUAAUAGUAAAUGAAGGCUAUACAGUAUAUACAUAUGUAUAUAUGAAUAUAUAUAUAUGUUAUUUUUGGAAUAAUUGGGAAGCGACAACACUGAACUUGCCAUCAAGUCGCCAAUCCUUGAAUGCUGCCCGAAUGCUAUGUUGUGCGUGUGUGUGUGGGGCGUGGGGGGGAUUCACACACACACACAGUACACUGGGCCCAUGCAAAUAAUGAACUGAUGUAUGGCAUAUGUCUCUAUAUGAUAUUCUCUCUCUUGGCUCGUCAUCCCACUCGUUGCUUUGCCUCGCUUUCCCUAAUCUUCUUUCCUUUUUUGAGAGGAAAAAAGCUGAAUGCUUGUGAAGCAUUAUCCCUUUAAAUGGCAUCAGGUCACAAUGCACAGACUAUGGCCCUUUAAGACCAAACAUGCACUCACCUCAAACCUGCUCCUGCUCACAUGACAUCGGGUCGUCUCCCAUCACGAACCAGACCGACACCCCCUCCAAUGAUGUGGUGUAGAUACAUGGUCGAGUUGAGUGGCUGGUUGCCACAAGGCUUAGCGUUACCUACAGUGUUAGAUACACAUCAUGUCAUGUCGAUGGCGACGCAUUCACUGUCAUCAUGUUGAAAAGCUAAAGAAGCAGUUGAUAGUGCUAUAGGGCAAACCAAGGGCAUUGAGGACAUGAUAUGGUAGUCCAUUGUUAACUCGGUGGAUGGUACCAAAUAUGGUUCCUUGCUCCAUAAUUGUUGCAAACGAAGAGUAGAGUCACACUACAGACUAAGACUAAAAAUAAAAGUAGGUAACCCGUCUGGUUUAGGUACCUCCUUCCACGGAAGGAGAGUUCAGUGCACUAACCGUUGAGCCAAAAGUCAAAUUUAUGUCCAGUGUGACUCUUAUGCACUCGUUAUAUGGAAAAAAACAAACAAAAUCCAUGCCCUCAGCUUUAAAAGGCAGCAGCUGUACCAUUACACCACCAGGCUUAUGAGUGCUUCUUUUUUUUUUCUUCUUUCGCAUGAUACAAAAACUGAAUACGCCCUUAGUUUGCCCUAUUAAUCACUUCAUGAAGUGUCUGAAGAUGUAACGUUCAGGGGCGGAGCCGCAUGAGCACAAGUCUUGACGGAAUAACAGUGGGCGCCAUGUGAGCUGUCGGAAUCACGUUCCUCCACAUCCAUCGUGCCAACACAGGAGAGUGUCCCACGUUACGGCGGGUGUGUGCGUGAACUGCUGACUUCAUGUCGCCUCGGAGCGCGACUGCAACGUGAUGCAAAUCAACAAUCUCGCCGCCCCCUGCCCUCCAAAACACCAUCGUCCUCCAGCAUCACCCCCCCCCCCCCUCUCUCCCUCCCACACACACGGACCCCUACCGCAGUUUUCUCCUGUUGACUUCCUGACCGGACCCCAUCACAGGAAACAGGAAAGAGUGGAUAAUAUGCAACUGACUUGACAUGUCAUCGCGUGUAAACCCAGAUUAGAAAUGCAGUGUAACAGGGAUGCUAACUCAUGCAAAAACAGCGCAGGAACACGCGUGUCCUGUGAGUUCUGUUUCAGGAUGGGCGCAAAGGCUCUCUGGGAACAUCCUUAACUGUACAGAACUCUUUGUCUUCUUGAAUGCUCAUCAUCAUCAUGGCCGCCACCGACACCCGGGUGGUAGCAUUGUGUUGCUCUGUCUGUUUGGAAGCAUGCAUUUUGGUAUCAUUAAUGUCACUCUUUAUGUGUAGGUGAAUCAUUUAGGCUACUGUCACGACUGUGUGCUAUGAACUCUCCACGUUAGCUCUGUCUCACACACACACACACACACACACACACACACACACACACUCCUGUUCAAGUCUAACCUUGUCUAUUUCAACGCCUCGUAGCACAGCUCUCUUACAGUACACAAAAAGAAGAAAAAGACAUCCUGAUGAAUCUUACAGUGUUGUAAAUUAGACGGUCCAGUUCCAGGCAUCUCUGUCCAUCCGUCCAGCCAUGUUACAUCAUAAUGUUGUGAGAUACUUUUAACGGAAGGCAAAGCAGAAUGUGACAAAGAAUAUAUUUAUCCAAAAUUAGAAACUUGUACGACUGCAUCCAAACUGUACAGAUCGCCCCAAAAUGUGCACACGCGCAAUUUUAAUUUACAGGUACUAUGUUCCUGUUACUUUUUUUAUGCUGUUUUUUUUCUUUUAGUCCUUUUGCUUUUUCUAAGGAGGAACAAGAAAAUGGAAGCACUUGUAUAUUACUAUGGUUACUGGUUUUCGCCACCGGUGCUCCCACUGAUGGAAAACAAGACGUUGCACAUUCUCCUGAGCAUAUUCUGAGGGCUGUGUUUUCUGUCCAUGGAACAGCCCCUGAAGUGUGCAGUUCAGUCUCUUUAAAGACCUGAAACGUGACUCUGUAAAUAGACAAACAGGAGAUACAAACGUACCUCAUUAUGAGCUGAAGGACUGGAUAAAAAAAACGAGGCCGGACGACUUGGAGGGUGGCACAGAGCUAGAGACUGCAGAAGUGCAAUGCAUCGUGUGCAUUGUUUAGGCUGCGCUUUUAGAUCUGCAAGUAUUCAGGGCCGGGGAGAAAUGGAGGCUUUUACAUUAUUCAUUAUACAUGUUGUAUAUUUUGUGCGUGGACUGGUCCCCCCCCUCCCUCCCUCCCUUUCUUGCACACUGCAGAACUAUUCUGCCGACAGAAAAUACAGCCUGAACUGUGCUGAAAUGAAAAAAAAGACCAAAAAAAAAAAACAUAAAGACUUGAAUAUAUUAAAGAGUUACCUGCCUGUUAUUUAAACGAAUAAAUAUCUAUAUAUGAGAAAGAACACACCUGUAUACUGUAGACUAAAACUGUAUGGAAAUCUAAGAUAAUUUAUCGGGAAUUAAGUCCAACACCUUUUGUCUGUAUGAAAGAGAAAAAAAAUACAUCAAAGUAUUCUACAAUAAUAACUUUGACAAA